AAGCUGUGAAGGAUUUUACAGAAGAACAGCAAACUGUACUCUAAAUCUGUUUUGUUCUGUUCGACUCUAGAGGGCAGUCGAGAAUCCAUAAUGAAGACUUUGGUAACUUUCAGCGCCCUUCUCCCGUUCCUCUUUUCGGUCCAUGCAGAUGUUGUGCAACGUUUUGAGGACGAGCCAGAAUGUGUGAAGUACUUUUAUAAAGGGAAGGUGCCAGAGUGGGGGGCCUCUACACCCGGUGCUGCUCGUCUCUGUCAGCGUUUUGUCAACAGGUACCACUUUGCCACGCUGUAUGACACCAACCAUCGUAUUGCCGUCUACUCUGCCUAUCAUUUCCAGCCGAGCAAUGGAGGUGGCAGGGAGAGGAGGUGGUUUGUGGAGCCUCAGCUAGUAGACCGGUCCUGGCAAGCCGAGAUGAAGGACGGCUACUGGCUGGGGAAGGACCACCCUGAGGUUUACCUGGGAGAGAAACAGGCCCUGAAUGAAGACUACACACACUCUGGCUUCGACCGUGGUCACCUCAACCCCAACGGACACCAUGCAGUCCCUAGCCGCAACGCCACUUUCACCCUGACCAAUGUGGUCCCUCAGAACCCAAAACUGAACCAGAACGCCUGGAGGAUCCACGAGUCCCAGCUCACCGACCUUUUCCGGAGCAAGUGUUCCAGAGCCUACGUGUUGGUCGGCGCCGUCCCCUCUGAAAACAACUGGAUUAUCAAAAACAACGUGAAGCGCGUCAACAUCCCCGACUACCUGUGGAACGCCUACUGCUGCGUAGACAACAACGAUAGACCCAUUCAGAGCGGUGCCGCCACAGCAAGGAACACUGAGGACAACUGGGUGGAGAAGCUCUCUCUGGAUGGACUGGUAGAAUUCCUGCAGCAGUUCUCCAACCAACCAGUAGGGGAGCUGUUUUACAACAACUGCAUGGCAUGAAAGAUCAGCUGAAGGGACGAUGAUAAAAGAACUUUAGGUGCUUCUACCUUUUAAUUUUACAUUAUAUUUCUCUAACUACCAAAACCUGUUCUGGAUAUUGAUUCUACUGUGGUAAUUUAGUCACUGUUGUCAAAAUGGCAUGGAUUAAUGCCUCCAUUAUCACUCCUCUCGAUUAAACGACAACAGAUGAAUAAAAAUAAGUGACAGAGGGAGCAAGUGACUGUUUAUUUAAGUGUCUCUUUUCAAAAGAAACAUCCAUCUAUCUGUACGACUAUUAGAGCUUUUUACUCAUUAGCAGCUCAGACCAGUAAGUUUAAUUUAGAAGCUAUUUUAUCAACACAAACAAACUUAUAAAUGAUUAAAACGCAGUGACAGAAAAUAUAUACUGGAGAAAACAAAAAUUCAAUAAAGCAGAAAACACAAGAGAA